CCAUCCCGUGGCCGCGCUGGCUCGUUAUCCCCGGGGCUGGCGGCAUCUCCCUGCCAGCAACGGGGGGGGGGUCCGGCCCCCCCGGCCCCCGGCAUCGCUCCUGGCACACGGCCCCGGCGGCAAAGUCGGUGGAGGCGGCCGCAAGCUGCCGGAGCGCGGCCAGCCGCCCCAGGGGGGUGGUUUGGGGAGGGGGGGGGGGGGGGGAGGGGGGGCAGGCAUCUGGAAGGUUCCGCUCAUCCGCCCCGACCCCUCUCCCCGCUGCCCUCCCCGCCCUAUAAAUGCGGGCGGCAGCGGCCGGUUCGCGGCGGAGCGGAGCGGAGGUGCCGGGACCAUGCUGGGGGUCUGGCUGCUGCUCUGGGGGGGCCUGGCCCUGGGCUGCCGGGCCCAGGCGGCUUUCCUCCGGCGCGCCGAGGACAGCGCCGGGCGCUGCACCUACUCCUUCACCGUACCCAGCCCCGUCGAGGCCUCCUGCCCCGAUGCCGGCGGCGUGCCGGAGCUGCGGGCCGAGCUGGUUGCCCUUUCCGCCCGCCUGAGCCAGCUGGAGAGCCGGGAGCGGGGCGCGGGGGGUCCGGGGCAGCGGGGGGGUGAAGCUGGGGGGACGCGGGACCCCCAGCAAGUGGCCCCGGCCGCUCAGCUGCAGGCUGCCUACGGCGAGCUGCUGCGGGCCAAAUCCCGGCUGGAGGAGGAGAAGGGGCGACUGGAGCGGGAGAAAGAGGAGCUGGGCAGGAGGCUGGAGAGCAGCACCCGGGAGAUUACCCGGCUGCGGGCCGGCCGCUGCCCCCCUGGCAGAGAGGGGCCCGGCCGUGACGCCCUGCCCGCCCCCGGCAAAGCCCUGCGCUGGGAUCCGCAGCCCCUCGCCUACCAGGAGCUGCAGUCGGAGAAGACGGAGGUUCCCGUGUCCCAGCUGCUGGAGGAGACGGCGCUCGGCCACCCGGGGAGCAAGGACUCGGGCUGCGGCGAGCUGGUGUGGGUGGGGGAGCCCGUCGUCUUCGGCCAGGCAGACUCCAUCGCCGGCAAGUACGGCGUCUGGAUGAAGGACCCCGAGCCCGUGCCCCCCUUCACGCUGGAGACCACGUGGCGGGUGGACGCGGUGGGCACGGAGGUCCGUCAGCUCUUCCAGUACGAGGCGGCCGAGCAGCUGGCCCAGGGCUACCCCGCCAAGGUGCACAUCCUGCCGCAGCCCCUGGAGAGCACGGGGGCCGUGGUCUACCGCGGCGGGCUCUUCUUCCAGCCCCGCCACUCCCGCGCCGUGGCCCGCUACGACCUGCGGGGAGAGGCCGUCACGGCCAAGAAGGAGAUCCCCGGCGCUGGCUACCACGGGCAGUACCCCUACUCCUGGGGGGGCUACACCGACAUCGAUCUGGCGGUGGAUGAGAUGGGGCUCUGGGUGAUCUACAGCACCGAGAAGGCCCGGGGGGCCAUUGUCCUCUCCAAGCUGGACCCCAAGACACUGGAAAUCCAGCAGACUUGGGAGACCAACAUCCGCAAGCGGGGGGUGGCCAACUCCUUCAUCAUCUGCGGCACCCUCUACACUGUCAGCAGCUACUCGGCGCCCAACGCCACCAUCAACUUCGCCUACAACACGGCCACCAGCACCAGCCGGGCGCUCAGCAUCCCCUUCGAGAACCGCUUCCGUUACCUCAGCAUGGUGGACUACAACCCCGCCGAGCGGCAGCUCUUCGCCUGGGACAGCUUCAACAUGGUCACCUACCCCAUCCGCCUCGCUCGGGCGUGAGCCGGGGGAAUGCACCGGCUCAGCCCCUGCAGCCCCCGUGCGUGCCUCGGCACCCCGCUUCGCUCCCCAGCUCCCUCCGGCGUGGCCGGGAACGCCACCUCGGGCAGCCCCGGGGCGAUGGUGGGGGCCACAGGCUGCCCAGCCGUGGCCACGAUGGGGCCGCCAACGUCCCUGCUGGCACCUCCGGCAACAGCCCAUCGCGCUCGAGUGCAGCUGUGAGAAAUGAAGUCCUUCUCCAGACCUUGGUUGAGCCAGCAAAAAGCCUCUCCCCAGCCUCGGCAGGUUUCAGGUGGGCCGCAGCAGUACCCAGCCUUGAGCUGCUCCCCCAUCCUCUGGGAGCAGCCAGCCCAGCCCCCCCCCAGACUGGGAGCAGGGUGGGCUCAGGCACAGUGGAGGAAGGGAGAGGCUGUCCAGGAGGGUCCCACCUGAAAAUAAACACUUUCCGUUGUUGCAAGCGGCGGUCCCUUCUGCGGGGCCAGGGUUCAUGUUUCCAGGCUCUGGCCGAGCACCAGCAUCACUGCUGCUCCCCAGACCCACCUCAGCAGCAGCAGUUUUGGGGAGGCCUCCCCCAGUUCAGGCCGGGCUCGCAGGGGAAAGCAGUGUUUGCCCACCAACAGCAGAGCCGAGCUGAGAGCCCACGAGCCCCGCUGCAUCCCACACCGCUGAUGCCCGGGGGCAUCCCGGAGCUCAACCGUCUCCAAAAAAUCAUCCGGCAGGAUCAAAAUCAGCGGGGGACACGGACGCUCAUUGCAGAAGCCUUGUUUUUUAUUGGGGAAAAAAGCCAAGAGAGCAGUGGUGAGGAGUGCUGGCGGAAUAUCCCGCAGCCAAGCAGCCCCUUGGUGUGCCCAGCCCCUCUCGGCCACACGCUUUAUAUUUACAGGCCAUGCCCGGCCACCGACGCGGCAGCUACAGCCCUGCUUGGCCAGCAGCGCUCCCCACGCCGGGCCAAAACACACCCUUUUAACUAUUUAUUGUAGAAAGUUUGUAGCAGGCUUUUUUUCUUCCCCCCCCUCCCUGGCGUACGGGCAGAUGGGCCAGCAGCAGCCGCAGCCCCCAGCCCAAUAAAAGUUGCCCACCACCA